CGCGUAUAUUCCAGGCUGUGACCUAAGCCUGAUCCAUCUCAAUAGAGUGACAUUGUUUAUUCGCCAGUUUAUCAACACCCUGCUAGUAAAUUUCGUCUGGAGCAUUGUCACUCAUAGUUCGCACAUCGCGGUGGUCGCACGCGCCUAAACCAAUACAACCAGAGUAAUUUCAGUGCGGGGUAAUAAUCCGAUAAUAAUAAUCGUAUUAUUAUUAGCUGCGUGUGAGUUUCGUAGCAAGCGUAGCAGUUGUCUACGAGCCGUCGCGUGCGUUCGUUCAGUGUCGAAAAACGAUCACUCGUUUUUUUCUAUUGUGCCGAUUCCAUCUUUCUACUGAAGAAAAAUGGCAAGCAAGACCGUGAACAAUGUAGAAUCCGGUGAGGCCGCACCCGAGUCCAAGGGUGAGACUUCGGCAGCAGCUCGACCAGGCCCCAAGCCAGUGCAGGGAACCUCCUCAAUCAUCGGUCUGUCAGACGUGACAGACAACAAGCUGAUAUGGAGGCAGUUGGUCGCGGAGCUGGUCGGUACCUUCACGCUGGUGUCUAUCGGUGUAGCAGCAUGUAUCACCAUCACAGACUCGAAUGCACCACAGGUCACCAGCAUCGCACUUGCCUUCGGUCUUCUUGUCGGUUCUAUAGUGCAGGCUAUCGGCCAUGUGUCGGGAGGUCACAUUAACCCCGCGGUGACGCUGGGUCUGUUCGCUUCUGGUGAGAUCAAGGUCCUGAAGGCAAUCUGCUACAUUAUCGUCCAAACCCUCGGUGCUAUUGCUGGAGCUGCUUUCAUCAGGUUGGCGAUACCCGAGGCACAGGUCGGUGGGUUCGGUAUGACGACACUCGGACCCAACGUUACCGAGGGACAGGGUGUCCUCAUCGAAGCGUUGAUCACAUUCCUGCUGGUACUGGUUGUGCACGGCGUGUGUGACGCGCGCCGCAACGACAUCAAGGGGUCCGCGCCCCUCGCCAUCGGUCUCAGCAUCACCGCCUGCCAUGCAGCUUGCAUUCCAUUCACCGGCUCCAGCAUGAACCCCGCUCGUUCCUUCGGCCCUGCCCUCAUCAUGGGAGCCUGGACCUCACACUGGGUAUACUGGGUGGGCCCUAUCGUUGGCGGUAUUGUCGCUGGUGUCGUGUACAAAUUCAUCUUCCGCAUUGGCAAGGCAGGCGACAGCGGCUCCUACGACUUCUAGACGACUGCGUUACACACCGUCUGCGAACCACGCCGGCGAUAUAUCGUGCCUUAAUCUAACUCCACCUUGCGCGUACACUACUUAAAAAUUUCUAACUAAUUUGCCAAAUAAGAGUCUAAAUUGUCAUCAAUUUAUUAUAAAAAUUGAAAAUUAUAGUACAAUAUGUUGUCAGAAAUGUAUGUAAAGCUAUGUA